AUGACGGAAUUAACUACAGCACCAAUGUCUCUAUUUCGUACCACUGAAUUUGUAGCUACAGUCAGUAGCGAUGAUAGUCUUCAUUUCAUUUUGAACACCAGCUAUAACAACGCUACUGCCAAUACAACUUCGUCUACUGUCAUGUGGAAUAAUCCUCCAUUUGUCUAUUCGUUAGGAUUAAUUAUUUUAUUAGCGUGUUGUAGUGUUAUUUGCUUACUUGGAUGUUUUGGCAAUGUUUUAGUGAUUACCGUUUUUUGUCGUUGGCCACGAAUGCGUACCGUGACUAAUUAUUAUAUUUUCAAUUUAGCUCUAGUUGAUCUCAUAAUUGUUUCAUUUAGUAUACCUAAUAGUGCUAUUACAGAAGUGAUGCAUUCGAAUGAUCGCUAUAGCAUGGGUGAAGGCAUGUGUAAAUUUGCCAGCACAUUGCGCUAUAUUGUACUGAAUGUCUCAACGUUGACUUUAGUUGCCAUUAGUUUAGAUCGUUAUGUUGCAGUUGUCUAUCCACUUAAAAGUCAUCCAUCCAAAAAGAAAACUGUGAUCAUAUUAUUAUCCAUUUGGCUCAUAUCCAUUGCUGCUAAUUCACCCUUAUAUUUUUUCUUGAAAAUUUUUACCUUUGGCAAUAAUUCACCUUGGGCUUAUUGCAUUAUUAUGUGGUCUCCACGACUUAGUGAGGAAAUUUAUGUUGGUAUUACCUUCGCAUUAUUAUUUGCUUUACCUAUGGCUAUUAUGCACUAUACUAAUUGUAGUAUUGCUUACACAACUUGGCGUAGUGGCACGAUGACUGAUUAUUCAGCAACUUUACCACAACCUUCACAGCCAUAUCAACAGCAUCAUAAGAAACGACGACAAAGUUCACGCUCACGACCAUCAAAACGUCGAAAAAUUUCGGUCUCAACGGAUAAUCAUGGUAAAAGGCAUGUCGUCACUUUAGUCAUCUGCAUCGUUUUAACCUUUACUAUUUGCAUGAUGCCUUUACAAGUGGUUAAAGUGCUAAUCUAUUAUCGUAUCGUUUUAGAGACAGCUAGUAAUCGGCAAAGUUUACGCUUUAUGAUUCUCUUUUUACGAUUGUUGUCUUACUCCAAUUCGAUGAUUAAUCCUCUACUUUAUGUGAUAUUUAGUACUAAAUUUCGUGAUGGUUGUAAAGCACUACGUUACGGCUAUCGCUUCUCUUCUUCGCGUAGUACAAGUAAUGUACGCUUUACACAACAGCAGACAUUAUCUAAACGAUGCUCAUCUCAUAGCCAUGAAUUAAAACGUCAAAAAUCUUCUAUGACAUUAAAUGAUAAAGAGAAUCCAACAGGAAAAUCAAAUCAGCUUGCCCAACAUCGUCCGCAUGUUAAUCAAAGUCAAUCACUCUAUGCUCGAGAAAUGGAAAUGCAAAAGAUUGAAUUACAUAAUAAAAGCCAAAGCUUUUGCUUACGUAUUAAUCCGCAAAGGCCACCAUCAAGUAUAAGAAAGGCAGGAAUAAGUAGUAAUACAAACGUUAAUCAUCAUCAUAAUAUGAAUGAUGGUAGCAUUGAAAUGUUUUCAACUCAGCUCUGUUCAGAAAUAGGAUUUAAAUCGAAGCAAGAGCAAUUCUAA